AUGUCUUUGUUUGGUGAAUACCCAUGCAUCAAUGAGACCAUUCCACCGAGUUACAUUUCGUAUACCACCGCGACAGUAUCUGUCGUCAUGAGUUUAGUGACCAUAACUGGAAACAUUCUCGUCGUUUUAGCCAUCUUCAUCGACCCGAACAGAGAUCUCAAAUCGCCGUUUAACUACUUUGUUGCGAACUUAGCCUUCGCUGAUCUUCUGGUGGGAUUUGUAGUGGAUCCAUUGUCGGUAGCGUUUCAUUUAAGCGAAGGAAUUGCGAAGAAAUACCCGACUGAACUGGUAUACAUCCACAUUCCGUACUUUGUUUCCUCCACAGCCUCUGUGCUCAGUCUGGCUGCUUUGACAAUGGAUCGCUUUUGGGCAAUAACAUCUCCUCUUUCUUACAGAGUAAAACUGAGUGCUAAGCGAACUGCAUUUGUGGCUGCGGGGAUUUGGGCCUUCUCGCUUAGCUUUCCCUUUAUAUACCUCCUCACUGGAUACUUGACGUACUCGUUUGUCUUCCUUCAUACCGUGAUUAUCGCUACGUUUCUGGUUAUGUUACUGACUUACGUGAAAAUAUUUCGCGUGUUUAAGGAUCAAGUUAAACAGUGGGACUCGUUGGAUCACGCGAACUCUGCCAGUCAAGCCAAGAGACAGGCCAUAAGAUGGGAACAGAAAGUAACCAAGACAUUUAUGAUAAUGCUUGCCUUAUUUUUGGCAUGUUAUCUUCCUUCUUGUGUUUGUAUUUACAUCACCAAUCUUUGUUCAACGUGCAGCUGUAAUUUUAUUCACUGGGCGAGAGAUGCCCACUUUCUUUUGAUUUUGGCUAAUUCUGGCGUGAAUCCGUUUGUUUAUGCGUGGCGAUUUGAGAAUUUCAGGAAGGCCAUUGCCAAGCUCUUCCGCAACAUCAAGUGUUUUGGCCAUUCGAGAAGCAGGAAAGUUGACUUCAACAAUUUGACUGUGGAAAGUACCUCAAGUUCUCAGUCGAAUUAAGAACUUGUCAGUCCAUGCUGGUUAGAUUGGAGAUACAGAGGGUUAAUAGUGUCAGCGACGCAGGCCAGACUGGCGAGUAAAAGUAUCACUAUACUCUCCUUUUAUUUCCAGUCACAGGCUGCGCAAGCUUAGGAAUAUGGGCGCAUUUAUAUAUUGACGUUGUAAUUUGAGCAUCACCAUACCUUUUGGUGAUUUUCCCUCAGUAUUUACCUAGGGGCUCUUUAUGCAAUUAGCAUAGAUAAAUAAAUUCCUAUACAGAAAUAUAUAGUUCACGCUGCCUUAAAAACCUCAAGGGGGGCGCGCCGGGGGGGAACUCCGCAUAUGAAAGGGGUGGAGAUGCUCGUCGUCUCACUUAAUAAAUUUCGGAUUUUGCUCUCACUUAGGGUGUUCUGGGCAAAACGCCAUCAUAUUUAGCCGUGAAGGUCUCGUUCAGGGUUGCACGCGAAAAAGUAUAAAGGUAUAUAUAUUGUCUGUGUUUUAACAUGGUCUCUUUUAGGGGUCAAAAAAAGCUUGGGCCACGCCCUGAUCCGUCUCCUUUAGGUGUUUAAUUCAAAAUUUCCGACGAGCAUCCCCACCCCUUUCAUAUGCGGAGUCCCCCCCGGGCAUUAACCCCUAUCGUGACCAUCAAAUUACAGCUUCAAUAUCUGCUUGUUUGGCUUACAUUCCGAUCUUGGGGAUCUAUUGUCCGUUAUCAGUGACCUGUGACUCACCCGGGGUGACUCAUAACUGCCAGCGUCAAAAAUUGCCUGUGUAGCAAGUCGGGCAGUUGUCUGUCAGUUGCCGACUUUUAGACUUUUUGCAAUAUCAGUGAUCAGCUAGUCACCAACCUAACCAUUGGGAACCAUCACCCAUUUCUUAACUUAAUGUUAGUUUAUUUGCAAGCUUUGAAAGCAUGUAUUUAUUAAAUGAUGGAUCCGGCGGAUACACAAGAAAUCCACGUACACCAUCGUAUUUAAUAUUUUUCAACACUUCUCCAUCCCAUUUUAGUAGGUGUAGCCAAUAUUAAUCAUUACUUAUUCUCACUGAAGAAAAGGCCUGAAAAAUCAUUGUCAUGAUCUACUAUAAAAAAUAUCCGAUUCCUAUUUAAAAGGUCGUAUAUCAAGGACAAGUCAUGGAAAAUCAGCGCUAUUGUUAUCUUCGAAACAGCGAAUUAUUUAAUCAGGAAGGGAUAGACUGCAUUUGUUUUUAAUAAAAAUUAUCCGUUUGACCUGACUUUGUCGUUAUUUCUGUUUUUUUUUAUCGUUCACAUUGCCUUGAUAUCACUAGAGAACUGCUAAACAGAAACAUUGAUCUCUUGGGUCGACUCCUCAGGUACCCUGCGAACAGAGUCUUACUUCGACUUAUCUAGGAAAUAUCGAAGCGACUCUGCUAACUAGCAGAGUCGCUUCGAUGCUCCUCAGGACACCGACCUAAUGAAAUAUAAUGAGCCUUGUUAUGGGGACAUAAGUCCAAAUCCUCUUUAGACCUCUUUCAAAUAUUCUACUCAAACACUCUCUUACAAUCGAAGGUAAUACCCUGUUGCAGGAAUAUAGUACAGAGGUAAAAGAGGGUCACCAUAGGGUUUUUCAGUCCCGUCAUCCUGAUCUAAUUUUUUGCGCUGUCCCGUAAAGGUUAUUUACGGUAUCCCGCACGCCGUACCCUGAGUGCCGUGCACACUUUCUUUUUUUAGUAGUUCUUUUACAUCAUCUACUACUUUACAGUCUCUUCGAAGUCAAUAUUCCGUGUUUAUUUUAUUCUUGUUGUUGGAGAGGUUUUCUUAAAUAUUCUUGCUCUAUAAUAUCAAAUGAGGUUCAGUGAAAUGUUUCUACAUCAAGAGGCUUGCUUUCAGCGAUCAGACAAUCACGAUGGAGCCUUCAAAGACGUCUAUUUGUCCUGGCGCCCAAGUCGAUUAGGAUGCUGUACUCUUUUUGAGAAAAACACAACUGGGAAUUGCAGUUGCAAUUCCUUUUAAGUGAUGUUGGAUGUAGUUGUUAAAUAAGACGAUAUAAAUAGAAAAACAAAUUAACUUUCAGUUUUUAAUCAUUGCCAAGCCCUUCACAAUAUUUCCAAGUUAGCUAGACAUUUUUUCUCUAAUACUGAUUUCUUUGCUACAGCUGUGGGUUCUUAAACUGUGACCAAAACAAACUUGGUGUCAACACGUGGUUUUAGGCUACCAUAUACACCGAAGACCAACCGGGCAAGCUUAAAAACUAAUACAGUAGCACUAGCACUUUACCUGUCACUUCCUAGAGGGAACCCGGUCAUUAUUGGUGACUGACGAAAGUCGCCUUUUCUUUGAAGAACACUCUUCCAACCAGAUCAAUAUAUACAUGAAAGUCGUAAAUAUGAUUCAGCAUUUCAUAUCUACAUUCUCUUCACUAUCGAACCAGUGAAGCCACUACUACUUUCAAGCUUCAUUUCAACAAACGCUUUUCGUCGUCUACCGCCGGAAAACAAUGUCACUUUUUGGAAAAUAUCCGUGCGAUAGUGUACCUCAUCCACCGAGUUACAUGUCCUUCACGACAGCCACAAUCUCAGUCUUUUUGAGUUUGGUGACCAUAACAGGAAACGUUCUAGUCGUGUUAGCCAUCUUCAUCGACCCAAACAAAAAUCUUAAAUUCCCGUUUAACUACUUUGUUGCCAACUUAGCCUUCGCCGAUCUUCUGGUGGGAUUCGUGGUGGAUCCAAUGUCGGCAGCGUUUCAUUUAAGCGAGGGAAUUACAAAGAAAUAUCCUGCUGAACGGGUGUACCUCCACAUUCCGUACUUUGUUGCGUCCACAGCCUCUGUGCUCAGUCUGGCUGCCUUAACCAUGGAUCGAUUUUGGGCAAUAACAUCUCCUCUUUCUUAUAGAAUAAAACUGAAUCCUAAGCGAACUGCGUUCAUAGCAGGGGGAAUUUGGACCUUUUCGCUUAGUUUUCCAUUUAUAUACCUCCUUACUGGAUACCUAACGUACGCGUUUGUCUUCGCUCACACUGUGAUUAUCGCUACAUUUUUACUCAUGUUAUAUACUUACGGGAAAAUAUUUCGCGUGUUUAAGGAUCAGGUUAAACAGUGGGACUCGUUUGAUCAGACUAAUUCUCACAAUGAAGUCAAGAGACAAGCAGUAAAAUGGGAGCAGAAGGUAACCAAGACCUUUAUGAUUAUGUUGGGGUUAUUUUUGGCAUGUUAUCUUCCUUCUUGUGUUUGUAUUUACAUCACCAAUCUUUGUUCAACGUGCAGCUGUAACUUUGUUCACUGGGCAAGAGAUGUCCAUUUUCUUUUGAUUUUGGCAAAUUCAGGAGUGAACCCGUUUGUGUACGCGUGGCAAUUUGAGAAUUUCAGAAAAGCGAUUAUCUUCCUUCUUUCCAAAGUCAAGUGUUCUGGGCAUUUCAGAAGGGGAAGAUUUGCGCCUGACUCUAACAGUUUGACCAUGGGGAGUAAAAUAAGUUCUCAGUCGGAGUAAAAACGUGCUCCAUCCUGGUGGAGGCUCCCCGGGGGGGGGGACUCCCAUAUGAAAGGGGCGGGGAUGCUCGUCGUCUCGCUUAGGUCGCUUAGGGGUGUAAAUUUCAGAUUUUGGUCUCGCUUAAGGUGUUCUAGGCAAAACACCAUUAUAUUUAGCCGUAAAAGUCCCUUAUAGGGUUGCACUCGAAGAAAUAUUAAAAAAUUAUAUAUUUUCAACUCGUUUUAUUCACUCGAUUCAUGUAAUCCAAGUUUAAAAUGAUCGCUUUUAGGGGUAAAAAAAGGUUGGGCUACGCCCAGAUUGGUCUCCUUUGGGGGUUUAAUUCAAAAGUUCCGACGAGCAUCCCCGCCCCUUUCAUUUGGGAGUCCUCCCCCCGGUGGAGGCUUACAAAAGGCUCGCCCUUCCUGCUUAUUUGUCUUCAGUUUCUCUCUCCGGAUGUGGACCAUAUUCUUCCUAAUCAGUUUUUGUGUCCUCAUGUAGCAAAAAUUGCAGGUGCGUGGUGCCGUCUUUUUGGCUUUUUUGGUUCUAGCCUGCGUGCGGAUGUUCUCUAAAAUAUAUUUCAUUUGUUGCUAACGGAAUAGGGACGAAAAGCUCCCUUUUUUUCGUGAAACAAAGGAAACAAAAGACUUCUGCAAGCAGCCAUCUGUAGUUCAUGACCCCUUUUACCUUAUGCCCUUUUAUGCUUAUGUCCUUAAUGAGUUGUCAAUAUUUCGGUUUCGAUUAGGUUGAUACCGUUCUUUCAGUCAAGUCAUUUCCAUGCCUGGCAAGCCCUGCAUAUUAGCACUUAUCAAGGGCAACUAACGACGCGGAUUUCCUCUUAAAUACAUUGAAAACACUUUUUAGGCUAUCUAGAGUACUUUUAGACCACUACAAAUGGAUUCUAAGUCUUGAUCUGUCCAGUCAUCCGAGGGCAACUUGAGUCUUUUCGAAAUUACAAGAGCUUCAGUUUUAUUUCCUUUACGAAGGUUCGAAACAUUUUCCUGAAUCCUUUCUUUAAGGUGAAAGUAUUAUAAAUAUUCUUGAUUAAACUAAAAUAUUUUUUAUUUAGUUAUUUAUUCCAUGUAAUCUUUUUUCUUCCAAUUCAUUCCGUGUAAUCUCUUUUUUCUGCUUUGUGUUUUACUUGCAAUAAAAUUAAAUAAUAAUAAUAAUAAUAAAGAUAAUAAAAAUUAAAAUAAAUAAAAAGAAUUUUCUAUAUUCCUUUCUCCAUCAAAUGUUUAAAUUAUACAAUUUUUAGCUUCCAUUCUUCUACGAAAAAUAGCCCAACCUGGGGAGUGAAAUGUGAAAUAUUAAACUUCAGAAAGUCGUAGGGAAUUUAUUAGAUAAGCUUCGAAAAUGUACAUGAAUGGAACGAAAAUUGUACAAGAACGGUCAUCUAGCAGUUUUUAGCCGUCUUUAAGUAAUAGAAAAUGCUAGGAAAUAUUUGCCUCUCCGAACAGAUAUUUUACCGAAAAAAGUGGCUGGGUGCCUCUGACCUUUAGGCCGUUUGUCGACUCAGAGGCAGAUAUACAUCUGUAUUCGGACAAAAAACAAAAAAUAGAAUAAAUAGGGAAAAAUAUUCACUGAGGCAUGUCACAUUUAAAAUCACUUAAUGACAGGUCCCGAGGGAAACAGUCAACUUCGUUUCCCGAGGCGGAGCCGAGCGAAACAUUGAGACGCAAGGGAAACAUAAUUAGCUCUCAGAUUAGCUCUAUUAAUCUUCUAUUAAGUCCCCCGGGGGGCUCAUUUAUUUCAAACACAUUUGAGGGUGGACUUAAUAGAGACGGGAGCUUAUUUUAUUUAGCAAAGACCCUCUUAGUUCUCCAUAAAGAACUCCGGGAGAACUAGAAUACAGCUCAACCACAAGAAGGUGGAGGUCAUGCAGUGGCUAUCUUUAAAACAAGGAACGGGGAAUCGGGGAAUGAGAAUGGGGAAUCUUUAAAAGCGGGGAUCUUCAAAACGAAGAAUCUUUAAAAGCGGGAAUCUUUAAAACGGGGAAUCUUUAAAAGCGGGAAUCUUUAAAACGUGGGUGUGAUCGUGAGUGCGAUCAUUUUUAAAAUAUCUCCAAGGGGACAGAUAUCUCGCUAUUGAAAUAUCUUUGUUCGUAUGAGUAGCGCUGUUGUUAGACAUUGUUUUUUGUCUUGGGUUCAGCGCAGGCUACUGUAGAAUUUUUUGCGCAUAUUCAAACAUCAAAUUCGUCGUAAUGAAAUGCAUGUUAACAUAUACCCGACUAACCUCCUACUCCGAAGGUUUUCGGGGAUACGUAUUUCCUCCCCAAACCCGACUAGCUCCUUUAAAAGGCUAGUGUACUACACAGCCGUUUUUAGUUUCGUCACGCAACGCUUACACCAAAAACGGCUGUGCAGCAGUAUUAAAAAGCCAGUGUGGGGUGGUAAUAUCACACUGCGAACGAAGAAGUAUUUUCGGUGUUGCCGCAAAUAUGUCUGUGUUCACACGGAAAUCAUGUUGAUGUAAAAAUUUAGUUUUUGAGCUAAUAUAAGCGUUAAUUUUAUAACGCUUUUAUAGACUUUGCUGUCGUACUUUAAACAUGAAGAAUCAUCUCUAAGCCAUCUCCUUCACAAAACAAGUUUCCUCGAAGCCCAAAGCUAGCCGGCGUCAAUAUCAGCCGUGUUUUUUUAUAAUCAAGAGAAGACUCUUGUUAUCAUUGACCACGUACAAGAGCACUCAGUCAUCCCCGGCGGGGGAGGAGGGGGGCACUCAAGGGAAGUUUGGGUAGCCGGAUGUGCCGUCGAAACCUUGAAAACAUCUUCACUUCUCUACCCUGAUGAAAUCAUGGGAUCUGACAUGCUACGGAUGAUGACCCUGAUUCGUUUCGUUUUGCAUACCGAAUUAAGUUAUUUUUCAAACUUAGCGUGUCAUGGAAUUAGAUUUUUGGGACAAAAAAAGGAGACCACUUAGGCCUGUUUCAAACGUCGUGCUACUGCCGUCACACUAAGCAAGUCUGUAUGAGUGCCCCAGGGGGUCCUCAUCCAGUCACACAACAAUCAUUCGUACCAGUUCCACUCGUGUGUUCAACAUCCGACCUCAUUCAUUAUCAUCACAUGAGUGACUGUGGGCUGUUUGAAGUUACGUUUUAGUACAGCUUGAAUCUCCCAUCUGUGUCUGCAAUAAGCGAUGUCUUUAUUUGGUGAAUAUCCUUGUGAUCAUGUACCCUAUCCGCCGAGUUACAUCUCUUUUACAACUGCGACAGUGUCUUCCGUUUUGUGUUUGGUAACCAUAACAGGAAACAUUCUCGUUGUGUUAGCCAUCUUUAUCGACCCAAACAAGGAUCUCAGAUCGCCCUUUAACUCAUUUGUUGCCAACUUAGCAAUCGCUGAUCUUCUGGUUGGAUUUGUAGUCGAUCCACUGGCGAUAGCGUAUCACGUGAGCGAGGGAACGGCGAAAAAAUACCCAGCUGCUCUUGUCUACAUCCACAUUCCUUACUUCGUUUCCUGCACAGCUUCCGUUCUCAGCCUUGGGGCUUUAACAAUGGAUCGAUUUUUCGCACUAACUUCACCGCUGUCUUACCGAACAAGGCUAAAUCCUAAACGAGCUAGUUUUGUGGCUGCAGGCAUCUGGGCUUUCUCCCUUAGCUUUCCUUUUGUGUACAUCGUGACCGGAUACCUCACCUACUCGUUCGUCUUCAUUCACACCGUGAUCAUUGCCACAUUUCUGGUUAUGUUACUGACUUACUUGAAAAUAUUUCGCGUGUUUAAGGAUCAGGUUGAACAAUGGGACUCGUUGGAUCAGACUAAUUCUGACAAUCAAGCCAGGAGACAAGCUGUAAAAUGGGAGCAGAAAGUAACCAAAACAUUUAUGAUUAUGUUGGGGUUAUUUUUGGCAUGUUAUCUCCCUUCCUUCAUUUGUAUUUACAUCAUCAACCUUUGCUCAUACUGCAGCUGUAAUUUGAUUCAUUGGGCAAGGGAUCUUCCUUUCCUUUUUAUUUUGGCCAAUUCAGCAGUGAACCCGUUUGUUUACGCGUGGCGAUUUGAAAAUUUCAGGAAGGCAAUUGCCAAGCUCUUCUCCUGCCUGAAAUGUGGCGGUAGUUCAAGGUCCAGAACAAUUUACUUCGACAAUUUGGCCAUGGAAAGUAGAAGUUCCGGUUCGUAA